UCCAGCCCAAGGUUGAACCCGCAGUAGACCAGUAGUGCAAACUCCCUUCCUUCCACAAACCACACUCGACGGGCGCGGACGGCAGAGGCGGAGACAACCCUAGUUCCCGAAUCCCCAGCGUCGCCGGUGAUCGAAGAGGAGGAGUACUAUUUUCACGACGCGCGCAUCGGCGGAGACGUUGCCGUCCUUUCUCGUGCCGGGGACGCUCGGGCGACGAGCGUGCGUGCGGCGAGCGGGGAAAGGCGCCGGUUGCCACACGGUGAGCCAGUUACUAUCAUUUUCUGAAAUUGGUGGUGAAUUGGCAUACACGCCGGUUUCUUCUUUCAAGCGGCAAUGGAUCUGAAGGGUUUCGACAGUGAAAAGUCGGCGAGUAGGCUCUAUGUGGGGAAUCUAGAUUUCAGGAUAUCAGAGUCUGACGUUAUCAAGAUGUUCUCCCCCUAUGGAAAGAUUAUGGCCGAGGAUUUCUUGUGGCACACACGUGGCCCAAAACGAGGCGAGCCCCGUGGUUAUGCCUUUGUUCAGUUCACUACCAAAGAGGAAGCUCAGUUGGCGAAGGAAAAGAUGAAUGGCAAGUUAGUCUGCGGGCGCCCUGUGGUUGUUCACCUGGCUAGCGAGAAGUGCUUCCUGGACUCUGGUAAUUCACACAGAGUGCUGAAAGACAAGAAACUGGCAGGUGGUUCAGGAAGCAAAACAGCUCAAACUGAUCGUGCUGCAAAAAUAGCUGCUAUAAAAAACAAGUUAAAGUCUCUGGAGGAUGAGGGAUGUAGCACAAAAAGACCAAGACUUAAGCCAGAUAACUUGAUAGGCACCGGUGACCAAUCUGAUAAGAAGCUUUGAAGUGAGUUUACAUGGAGCGUUGUGAACUGUGCCCUCUUAUGCUGGUGGCCUUGCUGAUGGUGCUGCCACUUUAAUACUUUAGCUUUAUUGAGUUAGGCAAACCACAGGUGUAAAAUACUGCAGGUCAUCAGAUUUGUAUAACAGUUCGUAUUGAUCACCAUUGUCCAAGUCUAAAGAUUUUAUGGUGAAACCAUUUGGCAAUCUGGUUUAGUGUUUAUAGUGUGCAGGUCUAUGCAGCUGAUCUUUGGCCCACCA